AUGUCCUCUAUUUCCGCCUUCGUGACUCUUCCCCUCCUCACUCUCUUCUCCCUCCCUCUCGCCCUGUUCGCAUGCUUCACCACCUUCCUUUCCAUCAUAUUUCUUCUCCUCCGCUUCUCUGUCAUCUAUAUUGAACUAUGUCUUGCCAUAAUCACAAACUACUUUGUCAUCCCAACAGCCGCCAACACCUCCCUCCUCAACUUCUCCGCAUCUGAGCCCACUACCCCAGCAGCCUCCACAACGCCCAAGCGUCGCUCCGUCGACCACAGCUUAAACAACGGACUCCUCACUGCCCUCGCAACAUACCAACCAGGCUCCAUUGCUCCUCGCCGAACAACCAGUUUGACCACCACAGCCUCCACCUCCUCAACCCAAGACACCAGCACUGUUCCACUCUAUCGCAAAGAUGAACCCCCAAGAAACACACCCCCACGCCACUCCGCCCCCUCUGCCCUCCUGACCCUCAUUAGUGGCGACGAAGGCCGCGACUUCGAAGGUCUAGGUGGCUGGCGCUGUGCAACCACAGCAGCAGCAACCACAGCAACAACUACCACCACCGCCACAACGAUAAGAUAUCCAAGCCAUCAUCUCCUCUCAGACACCGCCUCCCCCUCACCAAAUCUCACCGGUACCGACCACGACGGGAAAGCAUGGCUAUCCAUCAACGAGCGACUAGAACUUCCCUCUCAGCCGCUUUUAUCCAUCCGAAACAACAGCAACAGCAGCAGCGCCAACAGUGAACCCUUCGAAACCAUCCCCUGGAGACAUCGACAAAUGGCUUCAGCCAGCCCUCCCCCCGGAGGCAUCAAUAAUAUCACCCGCCAUCACCAUCGCUCCGCAACCACUUCGUUACUAUCCACUAGCCUGUCCCCGAAAUCCUCACUGCCAGAUGCUCUAGAUCAUCCACAACGUAGGGCUACCUCGCCGCCACUAUCACAACAGCAGAACAACAGAAGUACGCUCUUCUGCACGCCCUCGCCUACUGAGAAGUUCCCAAGCGCAUCGAUCCCUCGGGUAUCGAGCCCUACUGAUGGAUCAGGGGGAUAUUUCUCCCUGCGACCCGGUAGCACAAGCAGCACGAGCGGGUCGACGACACCAGGUGAAGAGCGACGAUCGCCGAGACCAUCGGCUAAGUCUAUGGUCCAUUACCCGGCUGGCGUGAGAUAUCGAAGGAGAAGUAUGUCGGGGCCGAAUAGUGGGGUGAAGUUGACCAGGGCGUCGUCAGGGACGGAGCGGGCGUUGUAG